GAGGAAGCGGUCAGCAACUAAUCCUGGAGCCGACGCUGCACAUCUUAGUAUAUCCAAGGAUCCAAGCAAAUCUAAGACAAGAUGAUGAGCACAGAGCCCAAUGGAACGAUGACAAUGUUGGUUAAUAUCACAGAAACUCCAAACAAUGGAUGUAGAGUAUGGAAAAUAUAUGAGUGGUUCUUUACCCACUAUUCUUCCUACAUUUGGGUCAUCUUCGUCUUGGGCUUCAUAGAAAAUUUGUUUGUCAUCUCCAUCUUUGUCCUUCACAAAAGUCGCUGCACAGUGACUGAGAUCUACCUGGGGAAUAUGGCGGCUGCUGAUCUGAUUCUUGUUAGCAGCCUACCACUUUGGGCUAUAUCUAUGUCCAACAAGAACUACUGGCAAUUCGGAGACUUGAUGUGUGGAGUUGUCCCCUCCUUGUAUAGUCUCAACCUUUACAGCAGCAUCUACUUCCUUAUGAUGGUCAGUAUAGAGAGAUAUCUGGCUCUGGUGAAGGCCAUGUCCAUUGGCAGCUUGAGAAGACCUUGGUGGGCAAAAGUGAUCUGUGGAAUCAUCUGGAUAUUUGCAGCUGUGUUGAGUGUGCCCUAUGGACUGUUCCAAAAGGUGGUGCACAUAAAAGAAGUAAACACUACUGCCUGUUUUUUUGUUGCACCUACUACAUGGUAUAUUGUCUUAAAUGUCAUCACAAAUAUUCUCGGCUUCUUAUUGCCUCUGGUUGUCACCUCCUUCUGUACAUUCCAAAUUAUUAGUUUUUUGAAGAACAACUCAAUGCAACAGUUCAAGAAAGUCAACAAGGAGAGAAAAGCCACUCGUCUGGUCUUGUCUGUAUUCUUGGUCUUCAUAAUAUGUUGGCUCCCCUACAAUAUUACUAUUUUUAUUCUAAUAUUACUAGAAAUCAAUGUCUCUCUUCCAUGUAUGGUGACAGUUUUCAUUCAUUUUGUUCAUGUAAUCUUGCUUUUCCUCACUCUCAGUAACAGUUGUAUCAAUCCGGUCAUAUACAGUAUGGUUGGGAAUCAAUUUAGGCAAAAAGCCAAAGAGGUCUACAGGAGGUUUUUACAUAAAGGUCCUGACGGUAGGACGUCGUAA